GUUUGUUCCACAGCUGGCCUCGCAACUCCGCCUAACGUCACUUCAAAACAUGGCAUCACAAAUGAAAGAAGGGUGGGAAAGAAAAUUCGUCGAUGGGAUGUGUAAAUAUUUGAAGAAUGGCUGGAAACUUAGCUUGGGUUUAUGGACCCAAAUACGUGGCACGUGGCUCAAAGACUUUUCUUCAUCAACGCGUUCAAGUGAAUCGGUUGUUUACAACCAUUUCGAUGCCUUCUAGUAAUGUCUACGCGAAUAUUAUCAAAUGUUUUUCCCGUCAGAUUUAUGCGUUUGUACAUUACAAGCGUCGUUGCUGUGAUUAUAGUAUUCGUAGUAUUCCAUUUUCAUUACUUAAAUUGGAACCCGGGAAACAAAUGCAACCUACUCGCUAAGGAAUUGUAUGUCAAUAAUGCUCAAGAACGAAUCAGGAAAGACAACGACUAUCUGGUUACGGCAAUAAGCUCAUACGAAUUUGAAUGGCUGUUGAAAUUCAUCGAUCGAUUAAUCGCUCAAAGUAACGGCUCUGACGACUUCGAGUUUAUAAUAUGGACUUUGAAUCUCCGUACUUGCGAAUCGGAAUAUUUAACGAGGUUGCGAAGACCUAGAAUUAGGUUAUAUCGCUUUCCUUAUCAUUUUUAUCCGCUGCACAUGAGGCAAUAUCAUAUAAUUGCAUUAAAGCCGAUUGUCAUAUCGAGGACGAUUGCCAUGUACGGAGAAGCCAUUUGGAUUGAACCAAACACACAAUUAUCGUUUCUUCUUACUGAUAUAUCACGAACUUUGAAUCACGGAGGAUUUGUUCUUGGCAGUGCAACAGCGUCGGAAUCCUCUCCGCAAUGCCCAGUUGGCGUUCUUGCUCUCAGCAUCUUCAGACACAACUCCUUUUUGACGGAUUGGGAAUGGUGCGCAAAAAAUGAGACAUGCAUCGCUAAAGUAUUGGAGAAAUCGAAUGACGAAGCGACAUCCGUUGUAGACAAGUUGCUGGAAUUUCAUAGAAAGAAGAAAGGUCUUAGUUGUUCGACUUUGCCGCUUAUAAGUGAUCUCGAAACCAAAACUGGAUCAUAUUUUGUUCAUGAAAGCUGGAAGAAGAAACACAGUAAAGAGUGUCAUCAACAUGACGCAUGUAUAUUAUCAGGGAGUCACAAGUUUUUUCUCGGUUGCCUUAAUCCAAUUCUUGGUCAACUGCGUGAAAAUAAAUUGAAGUAUGCCAAGCGACAUGGCUACGUGUUCUUGGACGAGACAUUUGGCUUCCAUCGUCCUGCUCCUUGCAACAGAGUUUGGAACAAGAUACACGCGAUUUUAAAGUAUCUUCCCGACUGCAAACUUUUGCUGUGGGCUGAUACCGAUACCAUGUUUGUUAAUAUGGAGCAAACACUGGAAGCAAUAAUGAAAUCCUAUAAAGUAGACCUUCUAUUAAGUUGGCCACCUAAGGCGAGACAAUUUAACGCCGGUGUAAUGCUCAUGCGCAGUACGCCGAGCGUACGCGAGUUUUUCAUCAAUGUUACAAUUCGAAAAACGUGGACGCAUAAUUGGUGUUCAAAUUUUGGAUUUGAGCAGUCUGCUAUUGCAGAUCAGCUCAUUAAUACAACAACUGUGAAGUACUUUGUUGAGAGAGAAUAUACGUUGCAAACCACGUGCGGUUAUCGUGGAAAGCAGUGUGAUUUAACUGAAAAGGAUUUUAUUUUGCACCCUGCUGUUGUCGAUUGCCCUAACUUGCAGCCUUUUUUCCAGACAUUUUUCGACAACCAUCCCAAAUUUUUUUGAUUCCAGAUACUGUAUUCAAAUUGAUGGAUACUUAAUGGAAAGUUUGAUUGUUCAAUGAAAAAUGGUCAAACACAAAGUUUUAUGUUUGUAUUUUUUUAGAGGAAAUAGCUAUAGGCGAGUGUACAACGAAACAAGCAACCAUGAAAAGUUGUGACAUUGAUAUGGACGACAAGAGAUGAGAUCUCAAAAUUAUCUCUACUGUAAGUGAAAAAUUCCUUCAACAACAAAAACAUGAAAUGCGUUAACUCAAGACCAAGCGAUGGAAAUAAUGUGUCACUUAUGAUUGUCAAUUUAUGAGGUUUAUGUAUUAAAACAAGCUGUCAGUGAUGA